AUGGAAGAUUCAGAAUUUGCUACCACAAUCUUGACAUCCAAGUCCCCCGAGGAAGUCGCCAACUUUCUUCCUCGGGCCUUGUCGGCGAGUUCGACGUUGAUUCAAAAGAACUUGAUUGUCUGGUUUACCAAUUAUGCCAACAUGCUUAUGAAGUAUAAUCUGGACCUCAAUGUGCUCGUGUCGAACGGUCGAACCUUUUUCGCUGACUCUGACGAUGAAUUCGGCUCACUCGACAAGAUUUGGAAUUGUGUAGCGUCUUGUGUGAUGUCACAAAUCAAUGUGAACGAUUCUUUGAUUAGAGUUAUCAAGAACGACGUUAUUGCGCCAUUCUCCAAUACCUUCAAAAAUGACUUCAAGUAUUCCGAACUUCUUGUCAACUCAGAGGAGUUGUUGGAGAUGCAGAAACACAUGGACGACCCGAAUGGUGCAUACAAUUGGAAUGUCAAGGCACCGGCUAUUUUGGCUAACCUUGAAAACUUCAAGCGCUUUGAAAAGGAUGUGAUUUUCAAUGCUUUUAUCGCAUAUUUGAACACUGUCAACUCCAAGAAUUCGGCCAUGUUGGCCAAAAACGAAGGCGCUGUUAAUUUUAUUUUGAAAGAGUUCAAUCUUGACAAUGAGAUGAAGAAAUAUACAGAGCACAUGGUCAAUGCUCAUGUUGCUCCUCCACCUCCACCUCCUUCUUCCGCCUCCCACAAUGGUCCAAACAACCAUGCGCCUUUGAGUGAACAUUCUCACUCAUCUAGGGCUUCGGUUCAUUCUGCUACAUCGGGCAAUACCUCUCCCUCACAUAAGAGAAAAUCCAAAUUGAGGUCGAAAGUCGGCUCGAUAUUCGGAAGAAGAAAGAAGGAAUCAGGUUUCCAUCCAGCAGGGGCCAUUCCUGAGAAUGAAUCAAUGUCGUCUUUACCGUCUAGACAGAACACCAUUGGUGCUAAAAACUCCCUUUACGGACCAUCACUGAUUCAACAGAGAGGCUCCCAUGCUGAGACUGAAUCACCCACAAAGGAUCGCUUCCCUCAGAGAGAGAACUAUGACUCGCCAACAAAGCAGGCGGAGGAUGCACCUCGCCCUAUUGACAAGGACGUUGUGGAGCCGAAGAAGGAAGCAACACUUCCAUCCAUGAGCACUCAACCUCUUCAGCCAAAAACAUUCCAAAACGAGUCUCCGCAGAAAGAUGAAGUUCCUCCACUCACUUCCCCUACUAAGGAUUCCACGGAUGUAAGUCCUAACGUAGUGAAGUAUGCUUCUUCUGAUGAAGACAGUGAUGUUCCUGUUGAUGUCGAUGGAAAUAGAAUGGGAAUGCUUAAAGCCCACGACUUGGGCCAUCCUCCAAAGCUCGAAGCCGAAUCUAAUAUUCGUUCCAGAAACAAUUCCUCGGGUAAAUACAGCUUUGAGUAUGGCGAUGAAGAUGCUUCAAUUUCUACUACUCCAAAGCAAACGCCAAGAUCAAACGAUAUUGUCAGCUUCCCUACAAUUUCGUCAGCUGCUUCAAGCGAACAACAGACUUCUCCUCAUGUAGCAGCUCCAGUGGAACAGCCUUUAUUACAGUCAACAACCGCUCGUCCUCCUCCACCUCCAUCGAGAAAAGUUCACCCCGUUCCAGAGCAUGACUCGCUCCAUAAACAGGAUACCGGUUCUCAGUUCAAAAACUUGAACAGUGCUAGAGAGUCCGUUAUUCAGCCUCAUUCCGAAGAAAGAUCGUUUUUGCUGACACAAACGACCGGGAACUCCAUGUUCAAACACAAUGAGUACUUUAAGCACUUCGGCCAGUCCGAAGUAUCUGAAGGCUUGAACACUUCUGUUGCUGAGAUAUUGAAUGUAACAUUCAGUGCUGGGACCCCUUCCAAAUCUCAAGUUCUUGGAGAGAUGGCCUUCAACUACAAUUCAGAGACGCCGCUUAGCUCGUAUGUUGUCACUAUCCCAACGAAAUUCAAUAAGUACUUGUUAAAUGAGCAAGUGAUGAAACAGGUUGGAACGAAUAGUUUUUCUGUGAAUAUUCCAUCUGUCACUGGCAGAACCUUGGGAGGUAUUAAGUACAUGAUGGAUUUAGAUCCUGCUUACAUUCCUAUUAUUAUCAAGCAAGUUUGGAAGUUUGAGCCUCACCAGGCCAGUCUCAUUGUCAAGAUUUCUUUGAAUCCUACCUUCAAGGCUGCUAUCAACCUUGAAAACUUUGUGAUCUCAGCAGCUUUAGACACUUCUGUGCUGUCUACUUCCGCGUCCUCUAAGCCGGAAGGUUCCUUCAAUAAGGAGUACAACAGAAUUACAUGGAGAUACUCAAAGCCAUUGACAUUGAGCCCUAGCGCUCCUGAAGAAAAAUUGAUCGCUAGAAUAAUGACUGAGGGACAAGGGAGAGAAUCACCUAAAGGUAUUCAAGCAAAGUUUACUGUCCAUAAUCUUCCGUUCUCCUUUGCUAAAAUUUUGGAUUCUGAUAACAAUGAUGUACCAAGUGUUAGGAGCUUGAGUAGCGGGAACUACACGUCUCAUGUUUGA